UAUAAGUAGUAGUUUUCAAGUAGUAUUUGUGUGACUGUGUGUUAAAUGUGAAAUUGUAUUUCAACUUUUGGUGCGAGUAAAAAGCUUCAUCAUGAGUGGAAUAUUAAAAUUAUCGACAAUUUUACAUAAUAAUUCAGCACUUAAAUUGAAAUCCUUAACGACUGGUUUGGUUGGAGCACGUAAUUUACAUUUUACAAUCGAUAAACGUAAUGCAAAAGUGAACGCAGAUGCUGUAUCCAGCACGUAUCCAGUAAUCGAUCAUACGUAUGAUGCUGUUGUUGUGGGCGCUGGGGGUGCUGGCUUACGAGCCGCAUUCGGUUUGGUCGCUGAAGGUUUUAAGACUGCUGUAAUUACAAAACUAUUUCCGACACGAUCACAUACAGUAGCUGCUCAAGGUGGUAUUAAUGCCGCGUUGGGUAACAUGGAAGGUGAUAAUUGGCAAUGGCAUAUGUAUGAUACCGUUAAAGGUUCAGAUUGGUUGGGAGACCAAGAUGCUAUCCAUUAUAUGACACGUGAAGCACCAAAGGCUGUCAUUGAAUUAGAAAAUUAUGGUAUGCCAUUUUCACGAACAACUGAUGGAAAAAUUUACCAACGAGCCUUUGGUGGUCAAUCCUUGAAAUUCGGCAAAGGUGGACAAGCUCAUCGUUGUUGCUGUGUUGCUGAUCGUACAGGACAUUCACUUCUUCACACCUUAUACGGUCAAUCAUUACGAUACGAUUGCAAUUAUUUCAUUGAAUAUUUUGCACUUGAUUUACUAAUGGAAGGUAAUGAAUGUGUUGGCGUGAUCGCACUUUGCAUUGAAGAUGGAACAAUCCAUCGAUUCCAUGCCAAGAACACAGUAUUGGCAACAGGAGGUUAUGGCCGAGCCUACUUCUCAUGUACAUCAGCUCACACAUGUACUGGUGAUGGUACAGCCAUGGUUACCCGUGCUGGUCUACCAAAUCAAGAUUUAGAAUUCAUUCAAUUCCACCCAACUGGUAUCUACGGUGCUGGAUGUUUAAUCACAGAAGGUUGCCGUGGAGAAGGUGGUUAUUUAGUUAAUUCAGAAGGUGAACGUUUUAUGGAACGAUAUGCUCCAGUUGCUAAAGAUUUGGCAUCACGUGACGUCGUCUCACGUUCAAUGACUAUUGAAAUCCGUGAAGGACGUGGUUGUGGACCAGAAAAAGAUCACGUUUACUUACAAUUGCAUCACUUACCUGCAGAACAAUUAGCCAAUCGUUUACCGGGUAUCUCUGAAACUGCUAUGAUUUUUGCUGGAGUUGAUGUCACCCGUGAACCAAUUCCUGUCUUACCGACUGUACAUUAUAAUAUGGGUGGUGUUCCAACAAAUUAUAAGGGACAAGUACUUACAAUUGAUUCGCAGGGUAAUGAUCAUGUUAUAAAUGGAUUGUAUGCUUGUGGUGAAGCAGCUAGUUCCAGUGUACAUGGAGCAAAUCGUUUAGGAGCUAAUUCUUUGUUGGAUUUAGUUGUCUUUGGUCGGGCUUGUGCUAAAACAAUUGCCGAAGAAAAUAAACCAGGCGAACGGAUUAGUGAUUUAAGUCAGAAUGCUGGAGAAGCUUCAGUGGCUAAUUUAGAUAAAAUUCGUCAUGCAAAUGGAAGCAUCUCAACAGCUGCUCUACGAUUGAACAUGCAAAAGAAUAUGCAAGCGCAUGCUGCUGUGUUCAGGACUGCGGAAACAUUACAAGAGGGUUGCCGCAAAAUGGAUGAUAUUUAUGGCCAAUUAAGUGAUCUUAAAGUAUCCGAUCGUGGUUUAAAAUGGAAUUCCGAUUUAGUUGAAUCAUUAGAAUUACAAAAUCUAAUGUUAAAUGCAAUGCAAACAAUUGUUAGCGCUGAAAAUCGUAAAGAAUCACGUGGUGCACAUGCCCGUGAAGAUUAUAAAGUACGUAUCGAUGAAUACGAUUAUAGUAAACCAUUGGAAGGUCAACAAAAGGUACCAUUAGAACAACAUUGGCGUAAACAUACAUUAUCAUACAUGAAUCCGGACACAGGUAAAGUCGAAAUUAAAUAUCGACCAGUUAUUGAUGAAACAUUGGAUGCUGCUGAAUGUGCGUCAGUACCACCAGCAAUACGAUCUUAUUAAAAAAUGUAAUUCAAAUUUUUUUAUUUUAAAAUUAUGUCACAAAUUUUCUCUCAAACUUUUAUUUUUUUGGUAAAAAUUGAUUCUUUCUUUUUUUGAAACCAUUUAAUUUUCUUGAGUUUCUAAUUAGGAUCUCAAUAAUAGUUCAAAUUCAAUUAUGUUCGAUGAUAUUCGAUUUGAUUACUCUCCAAAGUUCUAGCUCAAUACGCACAUAAAAUUUUUGAAAAAAAGGAGAUACAAAUAUUAAGAUCAGGAGUUUGAAACGUAACGAUUUCUUUGGAUAUUUAAUAUUAUUGGGAUCCUUGCCGUUUAUUGAAAAUGAUUUUUUAAAAUUUCAAAAAUAAAACGCCUACUGUCUUUUUUUUAAAUGUAUUACAAUUUUAUUUAUUGAAAAUUCUUUAACCUCAAAACUAACGGGUAUAGAUUUUCUUAAAUGGGAAUUGUUAAGGCCGGGCACAAGUUGACGCAAAUUUUGCGCUAGGAAAUUGAAACUUGUGGCGAAAUUACUAUGAUUUCGAAGACCAAGUAACAUUAUUUCACGGGGUAAAUUCAUUUUUAAAAUGAAUGACUUUACUAAAAUGAAGAGAAAAACUCGCACAGCGUAAGAGAAUUUCUCUGCUUAACACUUCUGAAGGGUUAAGAACAAAUUUUCUGAUACAACUAUAAAAAUACAGGGUAGCCCAUGAAAUAUGGAUUUUUCAUAAAGUUUUUGGUCAUCUUUAAACUUGCGCCUGGCCUUCAACAAACUAUUUUUCUUCUGUGAAAAUUUAUACUCGUCAAUUUACUAACUUGUAUUUAUAACGUCACGCUAGUUUUGAUAUCCUUCCUACCUCACUUUGAAAAUGUUUUUUAAGUUAUUUGUCGCAAUGUUUUGUUUCCCCCAAUCUUUCUUUUUAUAACGCUAAU